GCAUCUUCAUCCAUUAUAAUCACAUCCAUUACAAUCACACCCAAUUCGUAGCCCAGGCACGACAAACAUCAUCCAAGCCAUUGUUACCGACGCCGCCACGGGCGCCCAAGCGACAAAUCACGCAUCGAAUAGCCAAUCGACAGCCGACCGAGCCAUCGCCGCACGACCAUGGAUCUCCUAUCUACAGUCCGCAAGACGGGCUCGCGCGGAGGCGUUAACUUCAAAUGGGAGGAUGUCGCAACAUCGUCGCACCGAGAGAACUACCUGGGCCACAGCGUUAUGGCCCCGGUCGGGCGCUGGCAACAAGGACGCGACCUGACCUGGUACGCCAAGGCAGACUCAUCGGCAGCGGCCGCGGGGAGCGGCGAUGGAGAGACGGAAGAGGAGCGGAGGGCGCGAGAGAGGCGCGAGGAGUUGCGCAAGAUCAAGGAGGCUGAGGAGGAUGCCCUUGCCCGGGCACUCGGGCUUCCCGUGCCGCAACGCGACGUCUCAGGCGCCAACGCCAUCGAAGUGGGACCGACCCGGCCGAUGGGCGGCGCGGCGGGGGCCGAUGAGGGCGCUGAAAAGCCCAAGGGCGGAGCCGUCGACGAUAAACCAGCCCCCGAUACGAGAGGCACCCGGCGCAGAGACGACGCUGGCCGCUCUAGGGAGCACCGGGAUGAAGAUCGGCACCACCACCGCCGACGGAGACACCGCGAUAGGAGCCGCAGCCCGGAUUCCCGCCGCGAUCGGCCCUCGCGGCGGAGAGACGACGGCGGCGCAGAGCGAUCGCACCACGAUCGGGACCACCACAGGGGGAGAAGCCGCAGUCGCAGCCGUGAACACGACCGCGGGCGAGAUGACCGGGACCGAGAGCGGGACCGCCGAAACGAUAACGGCGAUCGCGCAAAACACCCAGAGGACGGUUCUGCUGCAGACGGCGGCCGUCACAGGAAGGAGAGGAGGCACAGAAGUCGGAGCGGCAACCGGGAUAGGUCAAGGCCCCCGCGGAGACGACAGAGCAGGAGCCCACGGAGGCGCCGCGAUAAGGACGAGCACGUGCGGGGGGAUAGAAACUGAUGAUUCCCUUUGUCUUUAUUCCCUCUUUCUCUACUUUUAAUGGCCUGUGUUUGAGAAUAAUGGUGGUGCCUGGGCGUUACCUCGCACCGUCAAUAGAAGCUUAUGUUGGAGAUCAAAACAUCUCGAUCAAUACUAACGGCACAGUAACCAUGUGGAAUUUGUG